AGAGAGGCUCCUUUAACCAUCAAACCUCCAACAUGAACAACUUUGACACUUUGAUCUGCUUCUUCUUUUUCUCACUGGGGGGCAGAAACACUGGUCUCAUCAAUGCAGAGAUCCUCGUCCAUACAGGAGAGGAAGGAGGAAACAUCACAGUUGGAUGCUUUUUCACUUUAUCUGGAAAAACAAAGUUCUUCUGUAAGGAACCGUGUGAACAAGGAGACAUUCUCAUUAAAACCGAAGAGGACACAGCUGAGAGCGGCAGAUACAGCAUUAAAUAUAAAGAAGUUGGCUCUAAAGUGAUUUAUGUGACCAUCACUAAGCUGAUUAAGUCUGAUGCAGGAAAGUACAGAUGUGGUUUAUAUAGAUCUUUAUUACCAUCAUCAUCCAGUGAGAUUGAGAUCACAGUUGAAGAAGCUCGGAUCUCUUCACAACCAACAGUGACUGUCCAACCUUCUUCAGCAUCAGUCCCAUCAGCCUCCACAGAGACUACGACACAGAGUGUGAGCUCCAGCACAGGAAGCUGCACUCCUCCAUCAGCCCCACCUGAAGGUACCGAGACGACCCAGAAGACACAGACAACAGGUGCAGUUGGUGUGCAGCUGUAUGUGCGUCUGCCUCUGGUCGUCAUGAUCAUCGUUCUAUCAGCGUCUGUGCUGAUGAUCUGCAGCAAGAGGACCAGUAAAGCCAGAGAACUUCCUGUAGAAAGUGAUUACGUUGAUGUCUCACAGGCCAACCAGGCGUCUGAUGAGAUCACAGAGGAAGCAUCUCCUGGGUUAGAAAUGUCUGCUGUUCAAACUUUCCACUGAAGCCACUUCUCAGGAGAAAGUAAAAAUACAUGUUUGAGUUUAGCUUUGGGUUCAGCACGCAGCAUCUUUAAUACUAUUCUAUUUAAUAAUAGAGCUGGGACACAUUUAGUCAGGGCUGGUUCCAAGAAGAAGGUGUGAAGAAUUUUCUUUUGUGCACAUAAAACACAAAUAAAUCCAUCAGGAGCAGAACUGAGGUGCUGUGUAUUUCCUGGAGGGAGUGACGACAUGUAACAGAGGAAAUGUUUUUGCAUGAAAAAUACAGAAUAAAC